UUCAUACGUCAAAACAAACUCUAAGAUUGAAUUUAGAUGAUAAACAAUAAAUAAAACAUUGUAUUGUUUACAUUAUUCAUAUUUUAAUUGUGCAAUGGAUUCCCAAUGGAAUGAUGAAAAUAAAUUUGAUGAUUUAUGUAAUAAUGAGGAAAGCGCACCUAUAAAUAUUUACAAUGGAUUUAACACAAAGACUCCGGAAUGUUAUGUAUUAGACGAGUUAGAAGAAAUUGGCAGUUCUACGGGUGACUUCCAGACCGGACCGGAUCUAGACUUCAUAAAUCAAAUGUUACAUUUGGUACAAGAUGCAAGCAGCCUCACAGAAAUUUCAGACACAGAUACUGUAAUAGAAAUUAGUAAAUUUAGGACUACCCAACAAAACAGUUCUCAAAGCAAUGUUGCCAGUAAUAAAGAUAUAGAUAAGUUAUUGAAGAAAAAAAAGAAAAAUGUUGCCAUUGAAUCUAUUUUAGAGGGCAUUUCUAAUGAAUGCAACUUGUUGAGUCUUCAAGAUAAUGUCAUUGGAUAUAAGAAUGAACAAGUGAAGUUAUUAAAACCGGAUGAUUUUGUUUUAAAAUCCGAAUCUAGUUUAGAAACGGAGGCAAGUGAAUUUUUACCUAAAAAAGGGUUGGUAACAGAAGCAAGUGCUUUUGUGUUCAAGAAGAAAUCUCCGGAAUUACCUAUACAAGAUGAUAUUUCAAAAUCGGAAGUAAAGAGUGAUGCCUAUCAGCCAUCUUGUAUGGCAGAGUUAUAUUAUAAGAAAUAUUUAGAAAGAAGUAAGUUUAAGGAAAGAAUGCAGCAGUCAACUGAAGAAUUUUAUGAAAAAAUUAUUAAAAAUGAUGAUAUAAAAGCUGUACAGUUGCCGUAUCAUCGACAUAAGGUGUCGCAAGAUUGUAUUGUUUGUAACAUUAUUUGUAGGAAGUUCUUUGAAUAAAUAAUAUAUUUAUUAGGUACUGUAUUGAGGCUGAAUCUCCAAAACUUUAUAUAUUGAUGGAAAGAUUGGUUUGUCUGUUAGUUGACUGAAAUAUCUCUGUUAAGUUAGAAUUUUGUACUCUAGUGCUUCUAUAAAGUGUAGGUAAAUUAUUUUUUUACUUUGCAUCAU